AUGACACUGAGAUGCGAGAGACAGAGAUGGUGCCGGACAGAGCAAUGCACUGUACGAGAGUUGAUACUGCCUCGUGGAGACGCAGAUGGUAAAGACCAUAAAUACAUGGAACGGCAGGCGGUUGGUUUCUCUGGCAGAACAAUGCGAUCGAAAGGAAAAGAAGAGGAAAGGCCGUUGAAGAGGAAAACGGAUGAGGGUCAAUGUGAGAGGGAUAUGGCGCACGGAACAACAACAACAUCAUCGCAUACCGUUCAUUCGUCGCACAUUAACCCGAUGUAUGCUCGUGUCUGUUUUCGCGGAGAAACCGAUAAGAAAAGGAGAGGAAAGGAGGGAAGAAAUUAA